AUGGCAUCAAAUACACCAACUGGUGGUUGGAGAGUUAAAGUUGUUUCUCUUCCCGAGUCUGUCACAUAUGCUCAACUAACUCAAACAUUCGCUCUUCCAUAUUCUUGCGUUUACCUUCCCAAGGUCGACGAUGUUGGUACUUGUUAUGCAUGGAUCGAGAAUUUUACUGAUGAAGAAGAAGCAAACAAGUUUGCAAAACAAUGGACAAAUUCAACAGUUUUUGGUAGACAUAUAAAGUGUAUCGUGAAACCGCCAAUUAUUAAACCAGAUAUUCUCCGUCCGUCACAUAAAUCAUCAAGGUCCGGUAUCAAUAAAUUGUCGCACAAUAAACCUGGAGUAAGUGCUACUUGGCAAGAUUUUGAAAAAUGUGAAAAAUAUAAGUUGUGCGAUAAACGUGGAGGCGAAUAUAAACGUCCGGACCAUUCUGCUACAAAUAACGAGUCCAACAGUAUCGAAACCGAGACAUCAGAAAAUCAAAAGUUUGUUGCAUUUGUUAAGCACGCCUAUAUACAGUGUGAUGGUAAUCGAUGUGCCAAAUGUGAACGAUGUCGUGAUUGGUAUUUUACUGGCAGUCCGAAAGACUGCCGAUGGAUUCAAGAUUACAAAAAUGGCAAAAAUGACGAAUGGCGACGUUUUUACGGUGGUGGUCUCGAUAAAGAUUUUGCGCGUCGUAGUGAUGCAAAGUGUUCAAAGAGGGACUUGGUCGAUCAUGAUAAUAAUUACUCAGAUAGUUGUGCUAUUCGUUGUGAUCUUAGGAGUUCUAUUUGUCUUUGUGAAGAUAAUAUGAAUGUCGAAAAAUCGAUGAACAAAAACAAAUACUCACAUGUUAUAAAAAAUGUUAUAUGA